UGAAAGUUGCUGCUCCUAGACAAGGGAUUGAUGUGGCAGAUGCUAUUUUCAAGUGUUUGAAGGCUUGGGGUAUUGAAAACAAAGUGUUUUCUGUGUCAAUUGACAAUGCUUCUUACAAUGAUUCUUGUUUAAGAGCUCUUAAAGACACUUUAUCACUUAGUAGUUCAUUACCUCUAGGUGGUGAUUUGUUUCAUGUUAGAUGUUGUGCACACAUAUUGAACUUAAUGGUGCAAGAUGGCCUUGGAAGAAUUAGGGACAUUAUACAUAAUGUUCGAGAGAGUGUGAAAUAUAUCAAUUAUAAUGAUUCAAGGCUGAAAGCAUUUUGUGAUAUUGUUGAGCAGAAACGUUUGAAGGAAAGAAAGCUUAUUCUUGAUUGUCCGACAAGGUAGAAUUCAACAUAUAGGAUGCUAUCUAUUGCUUUGAAGUUUAAGGUUAUCUUUCCUGAUUAUAAGGAAAGAGAGCCACAUUACAACUAUGCACCAUUAGAAGAGGAUUGGAAUAAGGUUGAGAAGAUUUGUAAACUUUUAGAAGUAUUCAAUCUAGCCACCCAUGUCAUCUCAGGUAGUGAGUAUCCUACUGCAAAUUUGUACCUUUCUGAAGUUUGGAGAGUGAAACAAGUAAUUGACAAUGCCACAGAAGAUGGUGAUUUCUUCAUAAGAAAAAUGGCAGCUUCAAUAAAAGAAAAGUUUGACAAAUAUUGGGGAGAAUGUAAUAUGUUCAUGGCCAUUGCGAGUGUUUUGGAUCCCAGGUGCAAAUUAUAUGUUGUUAAUUAUUGCUUUCCUUUGAUUUAGAAGCCUAAUCAUGUGGCUUCUAAGAAUAUAGAUAAAGUGGUGAGUGCUUUGAAAUCAAUGUAUGAUGAGUAUGUAAGCAUGUAUAAAGGAGACACAAUGGGUAAUAAUGAAGUUGAUAAUGCUGGUAACAACUCUUCUGCCAAUGCACCUGGUUCUUCUAUAGUUACUGGAUUUGAUCAAAUCAUGAGCAUUGUUCGUGAAAAGCAAGCAGUCCUCCCAAUGAAAUCAGAAUUGGAAGCUUAUCUUGAGGAUGGUGUUUACAUUCUUGAUGGUAAUUCUAACUUUUUCGGUGCCUUGGAAUGGUGGAAAAAUAAUAGUAUGAAGUAUAAGAUUUUAUCUAAGAUGGCUGCUGACAUAUUAGCUAUUCCAAUCUCAACCGUGGCAUUAGAGUCUACAUUUAGUGCUGGAGGUAGAGUUAUCGAUGAAUAUCGUUCCAAAUUGAAUGAAGAAUCAAUUGAAGUACUUAUUUGUGGUGAGGAUUGGCUUCGCAAUAAGUAUGGCUUGAGGAAAAAACCAAAGGUGCUCGAACAAGAUGAAGAAAUUAUGCUAAAAAUUUGAUGAUUUGCGACUGGUGGCUAUUCUUCUUAAACUUGUUUUGUUGUAAUGUUGUUGUAUUUGGUAUGUUCUUGUUGAAUGUUGAUUAAUAACAGUAUCUCAACUUGUAUUUUAAGUACUUGUGGAUUGUGAUUUUAUUUGAGUUUA